AAAUAUUCCUUGAUGUAUAUUUCGCUGUUCAUUGAAGCAGUGGUGAUAAAGGGUUUCGAAAUCUUACCGCAGCUACAAAUUGCUUGCCAGACCAUAGCUUUCUUACCAAAUUUUUCGACUUCAAUCGAUGCCUCGGUUUGGUUUAACACUUGUCCUUUUCGCACCGUAUAAUAUUGUGGUCCCGGCAAGAAGUUUCACGUAGGUUUCGUCGUCCAUAAUUAUUCAGUUGAAAUUUCCAGCAAGAAUCGUAUUGUACAGAUUUCGAACCCUCGGCCUGAUCGAUGCUUCUUGUUUCGGACUACGUUUUGGUUGUUUCUGCUUCUUAUAGGUUCGAAGAUUCAAACGUUCUUUAGCAUGAAGAACAUUUGACUUCGAAGUGCCCACUUUUUUGGCCACAUCCGGAACUGAAACCUGCUUCUUUUGCUCGAACGCCUUCAGUUAUCGUUUAUCCAACUGAGGGUUAGCAGGACCUUUUUUUCGACCCGUUUUCGGUUUAUCCUCAAAGGUGUUAUCCUCACCGAACUUCCUGAUUGCAUUUCGCACGGCUUUUUCACCUACUCCUUCCAUUUUUGCUAUCUUUCUCAGUAACAGAUGUUUUUCUGAAAGUCCACGCAGUUCGAAACAAACUAAUGAAAACGAAUGAACAACUGCACAAGUGGUUAGAGAAGAGUGUAAACAACAGGACGCAGCCAUAAAAAUUGACAGAUUCUGAACCAUUGCGAAAUGGCAACGGUUUUUGGUUGCGUCCAUACUUUCUGGGGCAGUCUUUACCACACAAUCAAAUAACACGGAACAAAUGAAAGUUAACAUAACGCAAAGAAAAUUGAAAUGAGAGCUGUUUUGGGGGAUUCACAUAUUAAGUAGAGAAAAGCUUCGCGAAAUCCUUUGAGAAUAUUUUAAUGGUUCAAAAAAGAACAGAUUUGCGGAAUUUAUCCAACUUUUGAGUACUUUUUGUCGGGUUACAGCAACUGAAACUAAAUUUAUGUAGCAUGAAUUUGGGAAUUGAAUUCUGGUUCAAAAGAUUGAACUGAACUUUGAAACUGUGAAUUAUCCACUUAUAUUACUGGUUUGUCAUAACUAAACCGCUUCUCACUUUCAUUUAGCGAUGAACAAAUUUUUCCAAGCGCUUAGUCGUAAAAAACCGAACGACGAUGACGGCAGCCACUCAAAAUUGGCCCGUGUUCUAACGCUGCUAGAUCUGACCGGUCUUGGCGUCGGCAGUACUCUGGGACUGGGAGCAUACGUACUGGCCGGUUCCGUUGCGUAUGAGCAAGCCGGCCCAGGGGUGGUGGUGUCGUUUGUGAUAGCAGCUCUAGCCGCCGCAAUCGCUGGAUUAUGCUAUGCGGAGUUCGCUUCACGUGUACCGAAAGCCGGGUCGGCUUACAUCUACACCUAUAUUACUAUUGGAGAAUUUGCCGCUUUCACCAUUGGCUGGAAUCUUAUGCUGGAGUAUAUUAUCGGAACAGCAAGCGUUGCCCGAGGACUUAGCGGUUACAUAGAUGCAUUAAUCGACUACCGCAUGGCAAACAUGAUGCGUCAUAUGUUGGAGAUUCGUGUGAGCUUUCUAGGAACCUAUCCGGAUAUAUUUUCCUUCCUGGUAGUGCUGACCAUAACUGCGUUAUUGGCGUAUGGAGUUAAGGAAUCUACCGUGCUGAACAAUGUGUUUACUGCAGUUAACUUGAUAGUUAUUGUCGUUGUACUGGUCUCCGUUGGCACCAAAGCUGAUCCCUCCAAUUGGAGUAUCAAGCAAGAAGACAUUCCGUCGGAGAUAAACGCUGGCGUGGGAGGAUUUUUACCUUACGGGGUAGCAGGGGUGAUGGCUGGUGCUGCCAAGUGCUUCUAUGGAUACGUUGGAUUUGAUUGCAUUGCCACCACUGGAGAAGAAGCACGCAAUCCCUCGAAGAACAUUCCUCUUGCCAUAGUUUUUUCGCUGUUCAUUAUCUUCUUGUCAUAUUUUGGAGUGGCUACAGUGCUUACAAUGGCAUUGCCAUACUAUCUACAAGAUCCAGUAGCUCCUUUUCCGAAUCUCUUCGAUUGGCUUGGAUGGCAGGAGAUAAAGUGGAUUGUUUCGAUAGGCGCCAUCUUUUCACUGUGCACCAACUCAUUAGGUGCAAUGUUCCCGCUGCCCCGUGUUCUUUACGCUAUGUCAUCAGAUGGAAUAAUAUUCAGAAGCCUACGUAAAGUUAAUCUAAAGACGAAGACGCCGGUAUUCGCCACGAUCAUUUCUGGGCUAGUUUCCGGAACAAUGGCACUAUUAUUUGAUCUGCAACAAUUGAUCGAUAUGAUGUCCAUCGGAACUCUGCUAGCCUACACAAUAGUUGCCGUAAGCGUUAUGGUUCUGAGAUACGACAAAAACACCAACAUUCAAUCUGCUGUUCCGGAGCAAAAUAAGUCACUUAUCGUCAAACAGUUGUUUAACCUGAACAUCGUCAAAACACCUAGUCUAUUGUCUUCAAAAAUAGUGAAAAUAUGUUUGUUUUUAUAUGCUAUCGCCAUUUGUGGAGUUUGCACUUUGCUGGUACAUGCACAGGACUAUCUUUCCGCACAGUACCCAUUAGUUCUGGUGAUGUUGUCUAUACUCUUCAUAUCAAUGCUGAUCAUUUACCUGGUGAUCGCCUGUCAGCCGACAGAGGAAGCAAAACUAACUUUCCAGGUGCCGUGUGUUCCGUUCAUUCCGAUGCUGAGUAUGUUUGUCAACAUUUACUUGAUGUUUCAACUGGAUGUGAAUACAUGGAUCAGUUUUUCCUUGUGGCUGUUGAUAGGAUUUCUCAUAUACUUCAGCUACGGCAUUCGACACUCUGUGUUAGGCAAUCGAGGUCAGACACUUUCCGAGAGUCAACUGGAGAAUCCUUUUGCAGUGGUCGGAAACGAAAAGGCGUAGUUAAAAAGUGUAUUUGAAUUUGUACGAUAUGCACUCUAGUCAAUUUUCAUUCCGGACUUUGCAUAGUUUUAGGACUAGCAUUGAAUUUGCACUUUUUGUUGUUUGUAUAUUUUAGUUUAGAAGGAUAAAGAAUCUUUCUUUCGAAUAUUUAUUAGAUGUGAUAACGGUACAGAGUAAACACCGUGUGAUGAUAACAUGAAUCGUCCUUGCGAAUGAUGCUGCUAAUAUUUCCUGUUAGAACGAUUGGAUGAUGCAACAUAACACUCACUUUUUGCUCGUGAGUGCAAAACGAUAAGGAAUACUAAUGAUACUAAAAGUAAAUUAAAGUGCAAUUGUUUUUAAAAAUAACUGUAAAUAUUAUCGUCGCAUGUGAGGACAUUCCUUGCAGGGAAGGGUAAUAGAAAAUAAA